GAAAUGCCCAUGGGUCUGUGCAAGUUCAAGGAGGCAAUUUCUCAAAGUUGUAUGGGAAACUCACGCCGUCAGUAGUCCGUGAGUAUUUGUCAGUGACACACUGAAACGUCAAAGUGUCGAAUCACGGAGACAGGAUAAGCCUCCCAAGGGCUAUGUCUGGUGAAAACAGUGCCAGCAACAACUGGACCAUCCUCACUCCAGAGGAGUCUGCUGCUGAGACCCUGAGGCCUUUGGCAGAAGGAACUGAACAUCAUGAACCAGACUCUGGAGCGAGCCAGACAGCAGGGGGUGAAGCAUCUUCAAACAGGUCUCCUGUGGAGGAACACAUGGUCUCCAGCAGCUCUGUGUCAGUCAGUGAUGCACACAAGCUCACAGAGGGCCUGCCUGAGGGUCCGGCUCAGUCCAGCUCUGACCCUGAAUCCUUCUCUGACUCCUACACACACAUCACACCAUCCUCUGACGAGGCCUCAGAACUGCAGCCCAGCACAGAGACCCUCAGAGGAGAACACUUUGAUCCAGAGGAACAGAGGCAACUAGAGGAAGAGGCUUUGUCUUCACACGAUGAAGACCGGCUUCAGAAGGAAGAUGACAAAUCCGCCACGUCUUCCAAAAUCCCUACGUCGGCUAAACAGGAAGAGGAAACGUCUGAAAGGCCAGAAAAGGGAGAAGAUCCAGAGCUGAGGAGGAGGAAGACUCUUUUAGCAUCUCUGGAAGAAAUUGGGACGAAAUUGGAGGAGGAGAGAGAGCAGUUUCAGGUGCCACAGAGAGAGGAAGACGGCGGGAUCACGCUGAAUAAGUGCAUCAUCUGUGCCGUCAUUCUGCUCGGUCUGGGCACCAUCUUCAUCUCUGGUGUCUUCAUGGACCUGGAUCAGGAGGGUGACUUUGGUAAAAGGGAGGUUCCAGAUUCUGAGGCUCCAGGAAAACAGGAGUGGUUCAGUAAAGAGGCUCCUCCACCUCCAGCAGAUGCUGACGCUACAGAGCCUCUAAGUCAUUUGCCAAAAGGAAACGAGCAGAUUUCUGUGCUCCAAGCCCAACUUCAGGCACAAAAUGAAGAGCUAAAAGUAGCCAAGGAGCAGAUAGCAGAUGGAGCGAAGGAGCGGUUGCUGUGGGAGGAGAUGGGGGAGGAAAACAGUAGGUUAAAGACACAGGCAGCGUCUCUGUCUCUUCUUCAGAAUGAAAAUGAGAGGAUGACGCGAGAGCUGGAGAGUGUGCGGUCCCUUCAGCAAGAAGUAGAAACACUGAGAUCAACUGUGACUGAAUUAAAACGUUCCUCAGCCAGUGAGGCAGCUCGUCCACCUGUGAACACUGCCACAUCACCCUUUAGUGGCCAAGCAGAGAACAGCAGGCAGGACACAUCUGCCAGAAAACUGUGGAGCAAUCAGAGAGAAAAGAAGGAAAAAUAUGACACUGGGGAAAAUAAGCCAUGGAAAGGGGGAGAAAAAUCUGAAAGGCAGGAGGGAGAGAAAAAGAAGCACAAAGAAGGAGAUAAAAAAGAAGAGAAAUACGAGCAAAGGAGGUCUGACAAGGUGAAAGAUGGUGAAGAAAAACAGAAAAGGCAGGACGGGGAAACAGAACGUUGGAAAAAGAAUGAAUCCAAGAAAGAUAAGAAGGGCAGAGGGGACGAGGGAAAGCCGUGGAAGGACAGGAGCGAGAGGAGGGAGGAGACAGAAAAGAGUGAGAGAAAAAAUCAUAAGGACGUGAAAGACUGGAGGAAAGGAAAGCAUGAGAAAGUGAAGGAGGGUGAACAGGAGGGCUGGAAGAGAGCAAAAGAUCACAGAGAGAAGCACGGGGUCCGGGAAGACAGGAAGGAAGAGAAAGAAUGGAGGAAAGUGCACGGUGGCAUUAAGGAGAGUGACAAGGAGAAAUGGGAGAAGGACUGGAAGAAGGGAGAGAAGAAAGGGUGGAAGAAAGAUGGGGAGUGGAGUGACAAAAGUGGGAAAGAUGGAGGCAAAGAACAGAAACAUCAAGGUGAAAGGAAACAGUCGGAGGGCAGCGAAAAUCACAGCAAGAGACACAAUUUUGAAAGGGAUAGGAAAGAUGAGAGGAAACACUGGGAAAAGGACGAGUGGACGAGUAACGAGGGUAAGGACAGAAAGGAAAGGAAAAGGAAGGAUGAGGGGAAUCAGUGGGAAAAGAAAAAGGAGAAUGGGAAGAGAGGACAGGAAGAAAUGGGACACAGUGAGGACAGGAAAAAGGACAGCUCCAGCUCCCAGAAACACAAGGACAGAAAAAUGCAAAAAAUGUCUGGUGUUGAUCACCAGGAAGAGUCUCUGUGGACGAAGGACAGUGCUCAUAAAAGCCACCGGCGCCCCUCCCUGGGGCAGCCUGAGUACUGGGCCCAGCAGAGGGAGAGGCUCCUGCACAGCCCCACUCCUCCACAGAACUGUGAAACGCCGGAGGCCUGCGCCACCACCGACGGCCUGCUUCCUGUCCCCUAUGCCGAGUUUGACGCUGUCCUCCAGAAAUACAUCGCCAAGGCUGAAGAAGCAGGAGUGGAAGCGUACAAACGAGAGGAGCUCAAAAAGCUGGCGGCAGAGUUCUUCAAAGACGGCAUCUUUGCUCACGACCAGAUGAACUUUCACGACUUUGUGGACGACCUGGAAGACAUCCUGGAGGACAUGGUGGAGGAGGAUGACAACGGCCAAGAGGAAGACAGCGUCCUGGAGGAAGAAAUGGAAGAGUUUGAGAGAGAAGUCCUGAGAAAGUUUUCAGUGGCUAAAGGAGCCAAGAAAGAGGGUAGAAUCAAAGAGGAGCUAAAAAAAGAGAGUGGUCGAGGACGUGGCUAAAGUAAAAA